AUUUCCUUAUUUUAUUUUCUUUCUGCUUCUUUUUUUUUUUUUCCUGGAAUCGUCGCUGUACUUAAAACCCUUACCGGAAUGGAGCCGCCGGCGAAAGGAACUGUGACGCCGUUAGCGUCGUUGUUCUCAGAGGAGGAAGCACGGAAAGCAGCAAGUUACGUGGAGGAGAAAAUCGGAGAGAAGCGAGUAGAGAUGAAUCGUCUCCAACAGUUCGUAGAUGAAAACGACAAUCUCAUCAAUCUCGUCAAGAAGCUUCCCGAUCAGCUCCAUCACAACGUUAUGGUUCCAUUCGGCAAAAUCGCCUUUUUCCCAGGUCGAUUGAUUCACACCAACGAGUGUUUGGUGUUGUUGGGAGAGAAUUACUAUACUGAUAGAUCAUCGAAACAAACUGUUGACUUCUUGAAGAGAAGAGACAAGACUUUACAGUCUCAAAUUCAUUCUCUUAAAGCUGAGAUUGAAGAUUUUCAAACGGAGGCUUCAUUCUUCACUACAACUGCUUCUGAAGCAGCGGAAGGACUUGUUGAGAUAAGAGAAGAGUAUGUAGAAGAAGAUGACUCUGCAGCUGUGAUUCAGUCAAGUGGAAAAGAGUCUUCUGCUCUUCCUGGAGGAGAGACUGAAGAAGUUGAACCUGAAGACGAGGAUUUUGCACGAAUCAUGUCCAGGUUGAAUGAACUUGAAAUGGAAGAAGAACUGGAGGGUGAGGAUGUGGACGAUAGAGGUGAAGAACAUGAUUCUGCUGUAGAAAGUGCGGAGGAGAGCGAGCACUAUUUGGUGAAAGGAAUUAGAGGUGAGACAGACCGCAAUAGUAUUGAAUACGGGAGACAGGAAACCACCGUAUCUUUUCCUAAGAAAGCUUCCAGCCAUAGCUCUUCCACUAGCGCACCCAUGGUUUCAGAGCCAAGAGUUAAAGCCAAAGUUAUUGAAGUGAUACCGGAGAAAAAUCCACAAAAAGACCUAGACGAUCCGCUCAAUUGUAUCGGACCAACGCCACAAUAUCUUUCCAAAGAUCAAUCACGUGGCGGAACCCCUCAGCAAAACGCUGGAACAUGGAGAGACUUUCAAGCGACCUCUUCUGUUUCCAGAGCAAAGGCAAAAACCAAUGUUGCAGGACCACAAAAGAUUGAGUCACCUAUGCAGAAAGCAGAGCCCGAGUUUGAUUCUACCAAGGCUUUUACGGGAUCGAUCGUAGAGCAUGCCCAUAAUCUAGAGGCCAGCACACACAGCCAAACGCAGUCUUCACCGUCUCAACCAUCAAAACCAGUUUCAAGAUUUAAGGCCCAGAGAAGGUAGCUUGUCAGAUAUGUGUACAACUUUUUGUUGGGUGGCCUUAUGAUAUGUAAGAACUAAGAACACAAGCAACUGUGUGCAUCUUGUAUACAAUUAGUUAACCAAUUUUACAUCAAGAAAUCUGAAAUUGUUACUCGACUC